GUUUCCAUUGUUCGUCACUGCCCAUAAAUGUCUCAAAAGCGCUCGGUUUAUUUUUGAAAUAUUCUAAAACCAAGCUAAAAAAAAUCAGUUUUCAAUCGUCGAAGAAAGACACAUCAAUUAUGUGAUUUUCGGGUGGUGGCCGGGCCACAUACGCUGACAUACGACAAAGGCAAGUAGAUGGAACACAAACAACAGGACGAUAAAAGUCUUACUUGUUGAUCUUUGCCACGAAGAAUUCUUCAAUAAUUUAUGAGUCGCGGGAAAAAUAUCAUAAUAGAAAUGGUACCUGCAUUCCAUUAAUUUUCGUGAUAAACACAAUAUGCAAUACAAUGAAGACAUUUCACAGAGCAAGCUUUCCAAGUGUUGACGUCCCAGCGCGCACAAAGUAUGAAGCCUGGGACAUUCCUCAAAUUCAUCAAUACUCGGUAGCACUCACCCAUAAACACCUGAUCAUUAUCCACUGUCAACACACAAUUCGUGAAGAAAGUAGCUCUCUGGUAAAAGCUUAGCUCAGAGUUAGACUUCACAAGGGAAUGAGUACUGCAGCCAUUGUCGUCAGAUGACAACUUAGAACUCCUGAUGAGGUUUCUGUGUGCUGGCCCUGUUACAGGUUGUAGAUUCUAAAAGUCAUCCAUUACAAUAUUGUUCACUGAAAGUCUGUCUUUCAGUUUACGUUACGACCUUCUAAUUUUCUGCUCCGUGUUCUACUUCGCAAAACCGCCGUCCGCCAUCUUCGAAUUGUUGAGCCCGCUAAGCGUAACCGCUGAAUUAUCUUGAGCGCGUGAUUGGUCAGUAACCUCCUGUCAGCAGCUGAACCGUUAAUUAAAUUUGAUUGGUGAGGUGAGAAUAAACGCGGUCUUUCUGACAAAGCCAUCGAAAAAGAAAAAAAACGUUUCCGACAAAAUACAGUACGUACAAUUUUGUUGAUGGUAUUUUUGAAGAAAAAUGUACAAGAAAGAGUGUAAGGAUUCUCACGCUAGAGUGUGCUUGAGCAGACUUACGAGAGUCUUGGAUAUCAACAUGCUAGAGGACUUACAGCAACUUGAGCAUACGGGAAAUGUGGCCAGAAACCUAGAGAUUGAUAGCAAUUUUAAACCUCAGAGGAGUUUUUUCUCCAAAUCAUCAGAAAAAAUCAACAAAAUAAUGAACAGAAAAGGUAGCCAUAAAAUAUUUGGUCAUUCACUCACAGAAGAUGGGGUAAUCAGAAUUUCAACACUUAUUAAUUUUUUGAAGAGGCAUGUAAACAAGGAAGGCUUGUUCAGAGUCUCAGGCAGUAAGAAAAGGCAAGAAGAAUUAAAAGAUUUGAUUGACAAAGAAGAGAAUGCUGACUUUGACAAUGGCAGAUUUUCUCCACAUGAUGUGGCAUCUGUUCUGAAGAUCUUCCUUGGUGAGCUCCCAGAACCUCUCCUAACACAGGCUCCUCAGAAUGCUUAUUUACAGAUCACAGAAAUCCGUAAUGAUGAAUCCAGUGCCAAGUUGAUUGAAGCAUUCCAGCUUCUGUUUCUGUUGGUGCCACCUCCAAAUAGAAUGCUUCUACAACAGCUGCUGGAGCUGCUCAGUCUUGUCACCAAAACUCCACACAGUAAAAUGACAGCCCACAAUCUUGCAGUGGUGUUCUCACCAAACAUUAUGGACUUCAGAAAGAUUCCAAAAGGUCUCAUAGAGGAGAUUGAAGCAGCAGAAGAAGUUAUUAAAAAGGAGGAACUGCCAGUAACUCGCACAUUCUGUCAGCAGAUGGACAAAACGUCCCAUAAACAAACAGUCAAACAAACCACUACAGAUGCUUUAGUACAGCUGUACAAUCAUGUCAUUGAUUUGCCAGAUGGGCCAGUCAAGCAGAAAUUCUUACAAAGGUUUGGGAAAGUGCACCCUGGCACGCCACCAUUCACUCCUCUCUCAAAGAAGAUUAUCCGUGCAGAACAGAUUAAUGCAUCAACACCAUUGAUUAAGUCAAUGGAAUCUCCCAAUGCUUUUCCGAGAACUGCGCUGUCACCUAUCCUAGGAAGAAACACAGCUAUAAGAAGUACUAAUGCCAAGACACCAGCACUUAAGAAAAGAGUGGCAUUUGAUGUCGUUGACUCUCCAGAUUUCGUUUCUCUUAAAACACCAUUAUACAGAGGCAGCCCUUACCUAUCCAGACUGGGUUUGAGUACACCCUCGGGAGUGAUUCAUCGUCCGCUAUCCAAGCACAAGCGCACAAUGUCUGUGUCCAACCCGGAAGAUUUUGUUUCACCAAAAGAGCAUUUAAGGUAUUGUGCAGGUAACACCCCUAGGAACAAAAGACUGCCAGAUGACACGCCGUUCACACCGUCUGGAUUUAUGAGAGGCACUGUGGCCGAUGCUUCGUGCGAAGAGUCUGACAUUUACUCCCUCUCUGAAAUCUCGACACCAUACUCCGCCUCAAGUGAGACAAAGGCUUUCAGAGGUUGAUCAUUCGGUAAGCUUAUGAUAUAGCUUCUCAUGUCCAGAACAAUUAGCACUGUUGAAAAGUUAAUACUGUUGCAAGGUUCUAGAACUGAGUCUGGCAUUCGAGACUGACCAACUGCUCCGUCUUGAUAUCAUUUCAGUGUUUAGACAAAUUAUUAUCUGUCCCAGCUGGCACAAAAACUAUCCAUCUUUGACUAUUAAUUCGUCACAGACAUAAUUUGACCCUGGGAUGCUCGCAUACUACCCCAGUAUACUACAGUCGAACCUCACCACAACGGCCGCCUUGGGUACAGAGGAAAGUGGCCGUAAAGCCUGGUUCACACUUGCGAAAAAAGCAUAACGCAAGUGAAAUAAGUACAAGCAUAAGCACAAGAAAAAGAAACAUGUUCCUUUUUUCUUGUGCUUGCGUUUAUG